UUUACGUUUUACACCUAGCAGUAAUAUUGCAGAAGAUGCUGUGAAGGGGCGGUCGCGGAUCUGGAAUCCACGGAAAGUUUGGUAGCUUUUAGCGGCCCGCAAUGGUAAUUUACGGCGUGUACAUUGUGAACAAGUCCGGUGGGUUGAUAUUUAACCUGGACCACAACCUGCCCAAGAUAGAGACGGAGAAAACGUUCAGCUACCCGCUGGACAUAAAUCUGGAGUACGAGCCAAAACGGAUCUCCGUCGCAUUCGGCCAGCGGGAUGGCAUUAAUGUGGGUCAUCAUUUGGUUGGCGUAAACGGGAUCCAGGUGAACGGUGCCAUCCUCGAGGAUGGGCGUGACGUGCGGGAAAUCAUCGAAAGCAAGGACAGCUAUCCGCUGUCGCUCAAGUUCAGCCGGCCCAAGAUGACGACGAACGAGAAGAUUUUCCUGGCCAGCAUGUUCUAUCCACUGUUUGCGAUAGCGAGCCAGCUCAGCCCGGAACCGAAGAGCAGCGGUAUCGAGGUGCUGGAAGCCGACACAUUCCGCCUGCACUGCUUCCAGACGCUGACCGGCGUAAAGUUUAUGAUCUUUGCCGAAAACAGCCAGCCCGGGAUCGAUGUGCUGUUGCGCCGGAUCUACGAGCUGUACGCGGACUACGUGCUGAAGAAUCCGUUCUACUCGCUCGAGAUGCCGAUCCGGUGCGAGCUGUUCGAUACGAACCUGCAGACGCUGCUGGAUCAGGUGGAGAAGGGUGGUGUGGCUAGUAUUUAAGGCGAGCAUUAAUUUCAGUAUAAAGUUAUGGAUGAUAUCAA